AAGAUGGCGGAAGUGUCUGUUCUAUGAAAUCUUGUUAUCAAAAUAGUACCCUAAAAAAAAAAAGUAGCUAUACACUCCCUGCUGGAUGCUUUGCUAUCCUAUUACUACAGUGUUCUAGAUUUACUGGCAUCAAUAGUCUUUUAUUUAUAAUUACAUGAUAAUGAAACGUGCAACGGCGAAAGAUGUCUAAAGGUCGACAAUUAGCGAAAAAUAUUGGAAAGUCUAUUAAAAGAAAAAUUGAUUAUUUUGAUAUCUAGAUUAGAAUCUACUCAUACUGACAUUUUUCAGUUUCCUUUUAUUAUCUCAUGGCUUGAUGAUUAAAAGCAGUUUGAGGUGAAGAGUUUAUCUACCCAAAUUCAAGUGUAACCAUUGUGCUUCUUCUUUUAGGAUAAACAUUAAAUUUGCUGAGUCUUCUCACCUAUGAAAUUACUCAGUCUAAAUCAUCUUCUGAUAGCAGUCCUACAUCUCCAAAGGAGAAAUUUCUAUCUCUGAGAAUGCAAUCUGUGCAUCCUCCAAAGAAAAGUUGUUCCUUGGGAACAAUAACAAGCAGUGAGCCACCUAGUCCAAGUAUCAUUGAUCAUGAUGAAAUAUUGGCAUUGACUCAAGAAGUCAAAAAAUUCUCAGACUCAUUAGCCAGAUUAAGGCUUAUGUUUACUGAGGGCAUAGACCCAGAGGAAGAUUCUCGUGUGCUGAUUCAUGAAGGAUUAGGAGAAGUUUUAUCUGUAUUGAAUCCAGUCAUGCAGAACUACCCAGUCCUUCAAUCUCAAGACAUAUUUACAGCUGCUAAAAGUUUGAUAGACAUGAUUAAAGAUCAUAAUUAUGAAGAGGAAAUGCUUCAUAUUACCAUUCAGUACUUCUGUGAUGCUAUUGAUCAAUUGGCUCUAGCAUUUAGCAGCAGUGUAUCUGACUACUUAAUGGGAGACAUGGGUCCACAGAUAGUGAUGAAUCUCAAAACCAGAUCAAUGAACAAUAUUGCUGCAGAAGAUGUGAUUCAAGAUAAUGUGCCAGUCAAAUUGUCCUGUGAAGAGCAAGAUCGUAUUCUAACUGCAUUAGACAAGGGUGUUAGUUUGGCCUUACAGCGUGCCAAAGUCUGCUCAAAAUAUAUUUCUGAUAUUAUUAUAUACUUGGAGAAAAAGACUCAGCUUGAACAAGACUAUGCUAAAAACUUGACCAGGUUGGCAAAUACUGUGCAAAAUAGUUUAAAAAAAGAGGCAUACUUACCACUCCAGUCUGUCUUCUGUACAGCAUUAAGUCAGGAUGUUGAGUUUUCUGCUAGCUUACAGGCUACUCAGGCAGUUGUACACUCUUACAAGAUUAUUGAGCCUCUGGCUGCUCGCAAAAUGGAUCAUGAUAAAGCUUACAAGUAUAUCAAAGAAGCAUGGCAUAGAGAACACAGAAAAAUGACUGAAUCUAUUACCAAUUUGAAGAAAGCUCAGAAUUUAUACAACACAAGACAACAGGACUGUGAACGUGCUCAUGAUCUCUCCCUCAAGGCAGAUGGUGAGAAGCUCGAGAGAAGAAAGAAAGCUGAAGAAGAGGCCAUGCACAAAGCUGCUGAAGCUGAGACUACCUACAAAGCUUGUGUUAUUGAGGCUAAUGUGAGACAGCAGGAACUGUUUAAAGUCAAGAGAGAGUUACUAGCUAAAGUAAGAGAUCAAAUACAACAGUGUGAUCAAGUUAUCAAAGAGGCAACUGUUGGUUACUUUCAGCUUUAUCAUGAUAUUAUGUCACCAAUACCCUUACAAUAUCAAACACUCUGUGACAGCAGCAAGAUUUACGAGCCAGGAAGCCAGUAUGCAGAAUACUUGCGAAGAUUGCCCAAAUCUGUUCAGCCUAGUGAACCUGAGGUUUUUUCAUUUGAACCUUAUGUUCAAGGUCAAAGGACUUCUGAUGAAUCUCGCAAGGAAAGCUUUCAUUCUAAUGGAUCAGUUUCUGACCAUCAUUCACCUGAAGCCUCACCAGUAGCAUCACCAAAAAGAGACAAAUAUCGACUUCCAGUUAAAGCAUGGGGCCAUCAGAUCCCAAAUGUAGUGACAACUUCUGACACUGACAGUGCUUCCUGUAGCUCAAAAUCUCAUGAGUCAUCGCCAAGUGGAAGUCCACAUAGGACCCCAAGGCGACUUGUUUCAAGUCAGUCUGUAGAUGAACUAACAGAGGAAGAACUUAUUGCUGCAGCCGCAGCUAGUCAACAUACUCAAGACAAAAGAAGUCAACAAAUGAAAAGAAAUUUAACAGUAGCAGGGGAAGAUGGUUUAGAUAUUCCAUCUCUUUUAAUGCAUCGUGGACGAAGAAACACAACAUUUGGCGUUGAUUUUCAAGAGCAAGUUGAUGCGUUUCAGAGCAAAGUCCCUCCUAUUGUAUCCAAAUGUCUGAGUGAAAUUGAAAAAAGAGGAGUCAUGAUCAAGGGUAUAUACAGAGUAUCUGGUGUGAAAAGCAAGGUAGAAAAUCUAUGUCAGAAAUUCGAUCUUGAUCCAGAAGGUGUAGAUCUGUCAGAAAUCCAUCCUAAUGUCAUCUCUAAUGUGCUCAAACUAUAUCUCAGACAGCUUCCUGAGCCUCUGUUAACAUUUAGACUUUAUUCAGAUUUCAUCCACACAGCAAAGGAAAACAUGUCAGGCCAAUUACUUAGCACCAGUCUUAUAGACCAUUUAAAAAAUCUGGUUGGUAAGCUGCCAGCGUCCAAUCUACGUACGUGUGCUGUUCUCAUGCAUCACUUGCAAAGGGUUGCUUCUCAGUCUGACUUUAAUCAGAUGAGUGCCAGUAAUCUUGGAAUAGUUUUUGGACCUACUCUUCUGAGACCUCUCGAGGGUUCUGCCUCAUUGGCUUCUUUGGUUGACACUCCUCAUCAAACCCGUGCAAUAGAACUGCUCAUUACUUAUGCUCAUCUUAUAUUUGGCCCAAGUGAAGACUUUGAACUAGCACCAACUCAGUCUCCUGUUGAGCAACUUACUCAAGCUUUAGAUGGAAUCCUUUUACCUGGCCAUGGACAUGCCAAGAACUCACCCUGCCCUAGUCGAAAACCUCAAAUCCAGAGUACUGGCUCAGAAGAUCUACCAGUGUUUGAUCCUGUUGCUGGAUCAACAAAUCAGCCCUGGCAGUGUGAGUCUGUUCUGCCUGGCACAGUCAGUCAGGAGAGUAGUGCUAUUCAAACUGUAGCUGGGCUAGAUUUAGAUGAAUCAGAUUUAGGGUCAGAGGAUUGUGAUGACUUGCCAGACAUUAUAUUACCUGAUCAAUCCAAACAACUGUCUGACCCCCUCAAUGUAACACUCAGUGUAAGAUGUAUCCAAGGCAUUGACCAGACAAGUCAACACCUCAGCCCUUCCAUUAAAACAUCUUCUGGGCCAUACUUUAAGCCUUCCGUAACCAAGUCUUCAUCAACUCCCCUUAUUUCCAACAAGAGUUCACUGACUAGUUCAGAUAUGGUUGUAGCCUUGACAUCAAGUGCAGCAGGGAUGGCCUCAAUGCUAAUUAUGUCUGCUGGGACCUUCCCUGCUGAAGAAAAUGUUACUAAUACACCACUUAUAAAAGAAACACAUUUGGUGGACAAUCUGGACAAGAAAGCUACUUUAGAUGUCUCUCAACAAAUUCUUGUUGCUGCACAAGAAUUGCCUGGCCAAGAAAAAGAUGAUAAUUGUGAAAGCAUAGAGAGUAAGAAAGCACAAGAAGAGGUUUCCAAGAAAAGGCUUCACUCUCUUCAGUUAGAGAAUAUAAAAUAUUUGACUCGGCCUGCCACAUCACAAGAUGUUAACACAGAUCCAGGAUUAACUCUGUCUGACAAGUCUGUCACAUCACAGGGUGUAUCUCCAUCUUCAGCACAUAAUGCUGGCCUUACGCUAAACCAGUCGGACAGCAAAUCUACCACUUAUUUUACACAGCAUGCAAGUAGUCAUGCUACAAAUGAGUCCAUCGUUACGGAAUCUACUCAUAUCAGUGUCAAGGCAUCCCAGUCCACUAGAAGAUCUAUAUUGGAAGAGAUGCCAAUACCGACUGUCAGUAAACCAGUGAGUAAUGUAGAUGUAGGUGCAGAUGCUGUCACCAUACCAGCAAGUCCCACUAUUAAACGCAGAGAAAUGCCCAGUAAAAUCCCUACCAGCCCUGGCACACAACGUAGCUUUGAUAGUCGUGGAAACCUUGAAAAAGUUGACAGUAGAGCAGACAGAUUUAAGCAAGAGCAGAGAAAACUAGUAAAAGCAAUUAAGUCAGAUUCAAAGAUUGGAGCAGUUAGUUCUCAUAGUGACAGACUGACUAGUUUUGACACGGCCAGGUUGUCACAAGAGAGUCCUGAAAAAGAUACAAUAAGUCGGUCAUCUGACAUGUUUGAAAAUACGUUAAGUGGAGGCUGUGCAUUGUCCAGCAGACACAGCAGUCAGAGUGAGGAAACAACUUCAGAACUAUUCGACACAAAGCCUGCUAGUGAUACUUUGUCUCAAUCUGACCUUGCUUCUCAGAGCACUUCCUCCAUCUCAUCAUCGAAACCCCUGCGCUCCAGUACUUGGACUGGUAAGACAGAAUCAACAAAAACAGUUUUGAUUAGUAGGCAGAGACCUGCAACUAGUGCAGGUGAAAGCAGUUUCCUUUCAAAGCCUGCAAGCAGUAGAAUAAAAGCAUUGAACAUGCCAUCUACAUUGUAUGUGAAGAAACCUUUGCUGAAUAUGUCCACAACCAAAGUAUCUUUGUCUGGUACUUCUGUCACUGCCACAUCAACAUCUUUAAAGUCUGGAUCAACUCGCACAUCUUCCACUCCCAAGACUUCUUCUGACCAAAGUCCUCAGCUAUGUUCAAGAUUACCUGGAAAUGUCAAAACUUCAGAAGAACAGUCAUCUGUAACAGCAUCAGUCACCCGCAAGGGUAGUGGCAGAGGUGGAGAACUGUCAGUUUCAAUCAAAUCUGUGAAGACAAAAACAGACAAUGAAGGGGGACUUGAAAGAUCUUCUACUUCUUCAUCACAGUCAUCCUCUCCUCGUCACAGGCACCCAUCAGGAGACUCAAACCACCAUACCAAACAAGCACAAAGAAGGCAUCCCAGUUCAUCUGGAUCAUCACCUAGUGUUCAAGGUUUUCAGGACAAAAUUCAGCUAGAUAAACAAACUUCUGGACACAUGGGAGUGCAACAAGUUCAAAAGACAGCCAGGUAUUCUUCCCAAUCACAAUCAUCUUCUGGACAUACUAUGUCAUCAUCAAGCACCUCUGUGUCAUCCUCUACAAUCAUGCAGUCUUCAUCAUCAUCAUCUUCUAGUGGGAAAUUAUCCCAAGACAGAACCCCUAGAUUUGUAUGAUUGAGAUUUAUAUCUCAAAUAAAGACAAUUAUAAAAGAUAGAUUUCGAGUACCACAAUAUGAUAUAAUUGCUUAUAUGUUUAAUUUGUUUAUUAUUUCACUGGCCAGUGGACAGUAGUUAAGUCUUAUCCUACUAAUGUAAUCCAACAUGCUCAUAUCUUGCACUAAGCACAUAACAUACACUUUUAGUAUUUAUUAUAGUAACAAUAAAUUCAGCUGGUGGUAUUCUGAAGAAAUUCAUUUUGUAAAUAUUUUUCUGUCAAUUUUUAUAAAUUUUUAUUUACAACAAAUGCAUACAUUUAUCUCCACAUUUUUAUUUUCUGAAUACAUUUGGAGUUGGCAAAAGGUUGUCAUAUCUGUGGUAUUUACUUUUUUUCAUAGUACAUGAUCUUUGAUUGCUCUCAGUAUAUGGAAACAUUUUUAUUUUUAAAUCUUUGAACAUUUCUAACUUGCUCUGCUCUAUACUAUUUAAAAUGAUAUGAAACAAAAACAUGAGUCAGAAUUUUAUAUAUAGAUUUGUAAGCUAGGAUGAUGUAAACUUUAAUAGUUUUUUUUUUAUUUCAAUUUCAAAGAAUUGGAUACUAAAUAUGUAACUUACGAAGCCUAGCUUUAUGUAGAACAAACAUAUCUCAUUCUUACCUAAACCCUAGAGUACAACUAAUUACUAAUCUAGUUGCUAUUAUACUUAAUGCUGUAGAAGUUAAAGGUUAAAAGUUUGUUGAAAAAAAAAGGUAAUUAAUUCCAUAACCAAGGUUAUAACCAAUGCUUGACUAAAUUAGGAGCCUACACAGGAACAUCUUAGACAUUAGUUUUGUUAGCAUCUUGGAUAACAGGACAGUGCUGCUAUGCUUUUAAAUACUAUGGUAAAAAAUGUAUUAUGGUCAUCAUCAUCAUCAAACUCCAUUUGAGUAAGGGCUUAAGAGGCUCAAAUCCUCUCUUUUACAAAAGCCCUCGACAGAAACCCUGCUGUCUUGCGUAGUGCAUAAAUGUCGAGACGGAGAUCAGCAAGUCUGGGGCAGUCAAACAGAAUAUGAGGCACGGUUUCCUCUUCUUCCCCGCAGCGGGGGCACCGUGAAUCAAAAUUUGGCCAUAGCCGCGAGAAAUAUGAGCCAACAGGACAAUGGCCUGUCCUGCACUGUGCUAUAAUAGCUUGCUCAGGCCUGGACAGCCUGCACCACUGUGAAAUGCGGUCAGGGCGCCUCAUGCGCUCCCAGACUCCAUGGGAUUUUUGGGACUUGUAUUAUUCAUUUUUUCCCGAUUGGCUAUCACACUAAACUGUAAAUUAUUAUUUGACCGCUUUGAAGAAAUUUUUGUGUAUAUAUCUCUUUUGUGUGUUUGUGCUGAUUUGAUGACUUGUUUUACAACCUUUUCACAAAUCCAGACCUAUGAAUAGUUUGUAUAUUUUUUUGUUUGAAAUAACUGAUAGUUUGCAUAUUUUUUUUAAACACACUAUAUCAAUAUAAGCACUCCUUACUAUAAAAAAUAUGUUUUGGCUGAUAUUUAACUAUUGCUGGGAAUCAUCUAUCUUCAUUUUUGGCCAGUAUUAAUUAUCUUCAGGGAAGCCAAUUACUGUUAUAGUGGCAUAGCUAAAUAAAAAAAGUACCUUAUGAGUGCAUGUUUUCUGACUUUCAGACCAAUGGGCUAACUAAUCUAGUCAUCUUAACACACUGCGUUGUUGAUUCAAGGAGUGCUUAUAUUGCUAAGCAUUAACGGAGUAUAAUUCCAUAUAAAAAGAUGUAUAAUACUACACUAGUCGCUUUAAGACUUUCUUUUUUUUUAACUCAUGGCUGUGUCACUAACUGUAUUAUUAUUAUAUUGUAUUAUUUCUGUAUGUUAUUUUACAUGUCAUUUACAACACUCAUGUAUAAUCAAUGUGCAAGUCAUUAUGCUGAUAUUAUAUUAUUUGGAUGUUAAUUAGUGUAAAGUUUGGAGAUUGUUUAUAAUUUAAAGCCUGUAUCUUGCAUUUAAUUGAUCAAACCUAAUCAGUAAUUUCUUUAGGUUUUAUUUAGUACUGAUAUUUAUAUUUCAGUUUCCAGUGUCUUGUAUUUUUUUUUUAGUCACUCAUUUGGACAGACAACCAUUAGUGUGUUACAUUUUAUUGUAUGAUACUACAUAUAUAAAUUAAAAAAGUUAAAGUUCCAUGUAUUUAUCUCAUAGUUGGUGAAUAAGUAGGACUAUCUGAUUUAAUAUUGAAAAAUUUGACUAUUUUUCUUUAUUAAUUUAAUUUUUUUUUACAAAUUUAAAUGGGUUUAGCAGUGAUAAGCCUACAAAGACAUAGUAACAUUUAAGGGAAACUAGAAGGUAGACAUGGAUGUCCUGCUUUUUACACAUACAAUCACUAAGAAAAGGCUCAAUUAUAAAAGGGAUGAGAUCAUUACAAAAAAAAAUAACUGCGUCUUUAAAUUGUAUGUGGGACUUUUUUUGUCCAUUUUGUUCAAGUUUGAACUGAAUAAAAACCUUAUUGUUUUCUAAUCCUGAAAUACUAGGAGUACUCUUUGUUUAAAGAAUUAUAUAAAUGUUUGUUUGUUUUUGAAAUGCUUUGUAAUACUCAUUGGCAUAUGUUGAAGUGGAAAGAUACAGUAAAAAUGUCUGUUAGAUCCUUCCCUUUUGCAUGACUUGUAUCAGACACUGUACAUUGCUAUAUAUGAAUGGAGUGAACAUAAAUGUUCUAAUAGAACCACUAACAGGUGGUUUAUAUAAGUAAUUUUGUUGACAGGGCAACUCUCAUUAGAUGUUUUGAGUCUGUGGGUGUCUGGUUGUGUAUUAAACUAACAUUGUCAUAAUUAUACAAUAAAAUUAUGAUUGUAA